AUGAAGCUCAACGGAGGCGUCGUGUUUCUGCUGUUCCUGGCGUCGCUGCUCCUGUGCACCGCGGAACUGGAGAGUGGCUCGAAGAAACGCGGUGACAUCACGCAAAAAUCCAAUUCCAAUGAGGAGACGGAGGAGGAAGUCGCCGUGGAGGAUAUGGAGAAUGCCUUCGAGCAGCUGCGCGAGCUCAGUGCCCUACGUGAUACGAUAUUGAAACUGGUACCAGCGUCCGAUCCUACCUACGACAAAAUCAGCAAACAAACCGGCAGGAAGGACGAAGCGGAGAGCAAAACAACGGAGACUGCUAGCAAGGAGCCCUUGGAGAGUCCGGGAACGAGAAACGUAUGGACAAAGACCAUGAUAGCCGAGACAAAGGAGAUGGAUCCUUUGGACAUAAGCGGUAGACAAUUGGAUGAUGAUGAUACCGAGCCCUGGGAGGAGCAGGAAUUGUACAAACUACUCGAGGAGGAUAUCCAAGAGCUGUUGACACCGGAGCAAGAGGCAGCUGAGCAACUGUUUAAGAAUGCACAAAACAUCUUAAACGCGAUGCGUGCUAACAAAACUGAAGGUUACGGAUUGCUGAUCGAGGCAGCCAAGGCAGGCCAUCGAGAGGCCAGAUCUAUAUUGGCAUGGGCGAGAUUACUCGGAUCUCGUUUGGGUCCCACCUAUCUGCGAGUGUCUAUCGAUGAUAUACCUAGUAUAUUUGACAUAUUCAAAGAGCUCGCGGACACUGGUCUCCCAUCUGCUCACAUGGGACUAGGAUUUUUGUACGCGACUGGUAUCGGCGGUGUUAACGCGUCGCAAGGGAAAGCCUUGCUUCAUUACACGAUAGCAGCUCUUGGCGGGAACACUCGGGCGCAGAUGGUCAUGGGAUACCGUCACUGGGCCGGCGUGACGACCCCGGCGUCUUGCGAACGAGCUUUGGAUUACUAUCGAAAAGUAGCGAAAAAAGUCGCGGAGGAAGUGUCACUGAGCGGUGGUCCGGUCGUUCAACGAGUGCGAUUGUUGGACGAGCAUGAGAACCCGGGCUACAGUUCCGGAAUCUUUGAUCAAGACCUAAUAGAGUAUUAUCAGUUGUUAGCUAAGAAAGGCGACACUCAGGCGCAGGUUGGACUCGGUCAGCUUCACUAUCAGGGUGGUAGGGGAGUUCCCUUGGACCACGAGAGAGCCGUGCAAUAUUUCCAACACGCCGCCGACGCUGGUAAUCCAGUAGCUAUGGCUUUUCUUGGGAAGAUUUACUUGGAGGGGAGUGAAAUCGUCAAGCAAGACAACGAAACCGCGUACAGAUAUUUCAAGAAAGCCGCCGAACUGGGCAAUCCAGUAGGGCAAAGCGGUCUGGGCCUGAUGUACUUGUACGGAAUGGGAGUGGAGAGAAACACUGCUAAAGCAUUGCAGUAUUUCAGUCAGGCUGCGGAGCAAGGCUGGGUCGACGGGCAACUGCAGUUGGGCAAUAUGUAUUUCAGUGGCAUCGGCGUGAAACGGGACUACAAAAUGGCAAACAAGUAUUUCAAUUUGGCCAGCCAGUCCGGCCACGUGUUGGCGUACUACAAUCUCGCUCAGAUGCAUGCUACUGGUACCGGCAUGAUGAGAAGCUGCCCGACAGCCGUGGAAUUGAUGAAGAACGUGGCCGAAAGGGGAAAAUGGAGCGACCAAUUGAUGGCAGCGCACACCGACUACAGAGAGGGCAGGGUGAACGAGGCGUUCCUCAAUUACGCUCUCUUUUCCGAGAUGGGUUACGAGGUAGCACAAAGUAACGCGGCGUUUAUCGUCGACAGAGGAGAGACCGACGUUUUGUCAGAAGAAGAGGGUUUAGUCAGAGCGCUCGCGCUCUGGGCACGAGCUGCCGCGCAGGGAUAUUCCGCGGCGCAGGUGAAACUUGGCGACGCGCAUUACUACGGUAGAGGGACGAAGAUCGAUUACGAGGCCGCGGCGGGCCAUUACCGUUCGGCAUCCGAGCAACAGCACAACGCUCAGGCCAUGUUCAAUCUAGCGUAUAUGCACGAACGCGGUCUAGGUUUAGCGAAAGAUCGGCACUUGGCGAAGCGAUGCUACGAUUUAGCCGCAGAUGCUAGUCCAGACGCGCGGAUACCCGUGGCGUUAGCUUUAAUCAAGCUCUCCUUCCUCUUUGGCCUCGAUUAUAUACAGGAAUUCAGUUUAGUCGAUCAAUUGGACAAGUGGGACGAACUGCUCGGACAGAAUUGGGAUCUAUACCUUAUCGGGUUACUCACAGGAAUACUUAGUCUUAUUAUAUACUUCCGCAGACCGCAGCCACCUCCCCCACUGAGACCUCCUGUUAACUAAAUUUUGUACUUUCACUCAAUUAUCUCGUACAUAGAUAUAAUAAAAGUAGACCUAGAUUUCUUUUAGGCUAAGUUUCGAAAGAAUUUUAUAAGAGACUCGUCGAUUGGAAAAAUCAUUUUUGAUAACGUGAUUCUCGUCCUUCUGAUGAUGCAGGUGAAACGGCAACCUUGAGAGGUCGGUGUUUACUUGAAUAUUCAACCGAUAAUUUAUCCCGUCUAUUCUGUGUACUGCUCUGAAAAAUGCUUCGUUUCGAUAUUUAUUAAGAAUUUCGUCACGUUACGUUCUGUGUAAUUGACAAUUGUGUCUGCAAUUUUUUUUCCAUACGUUUACUUAAUAUACAACCUCUGAGAGCUUAAUUCCUAGUUCAUAAAGUUCCAUUACUAUGCUCAAUGUAUGUCAUGUGAGUAGGAAUGUCGUUUAUAAAUGAACAGAUAUAGUAAACGAUUUUAGUUUUUCCUCUUUUUUUUUUCUACAAAAAUGAUACGAUAAAAUUAUCAAUCUGCCCAAGUUUACACAAUUUCGUGUGUUACUUUGAUAGAGAGAUGUUAAUGUUCAACUAUCUUUGCUGCGAUAUUAUUGCAUAUUUUAAAGUGGCUUUGGCUUGCCACUUAACUAAAUCAAUUUUAACUUUUUCUUGAAUAACACCUCUCUCUCUCCCCCUCUCUCUUUGUAAUUUCUUUAGAUUACACAUAAUACCUAUUAAGAUAUUAUGAAACAGUACUGUAAUAUAAAAUAUGGAUUAAAAAAUUGUUGAUUAUUUAUCUAA